AGAAGGCACCUCCUCACCGAGGCCACAAAUCACGUGACCACGAGGCCCGGCGCUGCUAAACUCAACACAACCCAGCAUAGCUAGCGUUAGCUGUAACAUGCUACACACACCUGUCACGCAAGGGACUGCUCUGGGCGUGACACCCAAGACCACCCAUACAACCCUCCGUCUAAUCUUUUGGCUGUCCAGCAGAAACCCAGAGUGUAUGCACAGCAGCUGUGGCCAGCUUGACUUCAUGAGUGUUGCAAUGGAUUCCAGCACUUUUCCCAGUUGAAUGUCAUGUUUGUUGGAGGUCCCAAUACCAGGAAGGAUUAUCACAUAGAGGAAGGGGAGGAGCUGUUCUACCAGGUGAAAGGGGACAUGUGUCUGAAGGUGAUAGAGAAUGGGAAACACAAGGAUGUACACAUCAAGGAGGGAGAGAUGUUCCUGCUGCCAGCUCGGAUCCCUCACUCCCCCCAAAGACAGGCCAACACUGUGGGGCUGGUGGUGGAGAGGAGACGGCUGCUGACUGAGACUGACUGUCUGAGGUACUAUGUGGACAACACCACUGACAUCCUGUUUGAGAAAUGGUUUUACUGUAAAGAUCUCGGAACUGAACUGGUGCCAAUAAUCAAAGAGUUCAUGGCAUCAAUGGAGUGCAAAACAGGAAAACCUGAUCCAAAUAAAGUCUUCAGAGAACCUCCAUUCCAGAUGAACACCAUGAAUGUGAUGUUGCCCUUCUGCUUCAAAGACUGGCUGGACAAGCAGAGACCGUCCCUGGCUAGUGGAGGACCCAUCGACAUGUUUGGAGCUCAGUUUGAGACAGAGGUAAUGGUGUUUGGACCUGGGCAGACAAAGAUGUCAGUGCGACCAAGUGAAGUGUGGAUUUGGCAACUGGAGGGAUCCUCAAGAUUAGCUAUGAACGGGCAAGAGUUCACUCUUUCUGCGGGAGACAGUUUACUUGUUCCUGAACAGAGCCAAUACCAGUGGCAGAGAGAUGAGGGGACUGUUGCUCUGGUUGUGGUUCAAAACCCUGAGCGGAAGAGACCCUGAGCAUCAACUGCCAUUUCACACACACACACACACACACACACACACACACACACACACACACUUUAAAUAUACAGUAUUCUGUAUAAGUGAGCAGGGAAACUCAGUGUAUUUGUUGUAAUGUAAAGUAGAUUGUGUAUUAUUGCACACACUAAGUAUUGUAAAGCAUGCACUCAUUUAAGCUUGACACUUCUAAUAAUGUGUUGAUGAAAGUGACCACUGACCUAUUUCAGUCUUGAUAAACACUAGAAACUACUGAAAUUGAAACUGUAGCUGCACUUUGUCAUAGUUUCAGACAUUGAUGUUAUCUUGUGAUUUCUGUUUUAACGUAUGAAAGAAAUCAAAUAAAUAAAUAAAUAUGUGUAGAGAUGAAA